CAAUUGAUGGAACAUGCAACAAUCUGUGUCGCAUUAAGCAAGGAGCCGCUUCCACUCCGCUGCGGCGUUUUCUUCCAAGUGAGUACGCACCUGGAGAGCAACCUCGCAACGAAUCAGUAACAGGCCAUCCCCUUCCAAAUACAAGGCGAGUAAGUGUGGAGAUAUUUCAAGCCUUAAAUGGUGAUGAAUUUGGCAUCCGACCAAUUUUUACUCACGUGACAAUGACUUGGGGUCAAUUCUUAGAUCAUGACGUCACUCUGACAGAGCUGACACCAAAUGUGGAGUGCGGAAAUAACACAAAACCGUGUGUUGACAAGAAAGGAUGCAUUGUAAUCUCACUGGAUAAUCUGAAGAGAAAAGAGAGAUUAAGGUUCAACCGCAGCGCAAAUUGUAUUCCUCUCAGAAGGUCCUUCAGAAGAAAAGGUGAACAGGUAGGCUAUAAGGGAGCUGUCAGUGAAAACAAUAUACGUGGCUAGUAGCUGAUGAUGACUUAAUGUAAGUAUUGGUGUUGGUUUUGAAUCAUAAAAUCGUAAAAGAGAGUGCAUGAACAGAGAUCUGCGUCGCUCAGGACACACUGCCUCAAAUACAAUCAUUAUUCUGUUUAUCAGAUUGGAGUAAACAGCACAAAAGCAAAGUACUAGAUAAAGAUUUAGCUAUGUGUUACUGCCACUGUUACUGUACAAACGAUUUCGUCAGUCCCCAUGAUUAAAAUGUGAUCUUUGAAACACGAUUUUACUUGAAACAAGAAUCGCCGAAAGGCGAUUUUUAACUGGGCUGCAAAGGGGCUAUUUUUUCUGAAGGGAGGGGGCGGCUAUACACACUCAGGCUGCGACAGAACCUCAUGUGAGACUGAAACAUAAACUCAUUCAGAACAUAGUACCCUUUUGAAAGACUCUCCUAACCAAAAAAAAAUAACCAUUUUUAAGUGGGGGCUGUAUAAUAACUUUUAAAUUCCACCAUUAUGAAUAAAAAUAAACAAGUUAGCCAUUAAUUCUAAGCAGGGAACAAUUUGCAUUAUUUCCACGUACCCCUCCCCCAAUCCCUCUGUGCCCUAAAAUAUAGCGUGACAGCAUAACGUGACUAAUUUGACGCAACUGGAAAUUCCAAAAAAUGUUGCCGUUCUACGAGCAUAAAAUGCGACAGACUGAGCUGAUUUACACUAGACAGAAAUAUUGUAUUGUAUGAAAACCAGAAGUAUACUAAAACAGUUAACUGCCCAUUGAUCCCGCCUGAUCCAGGGGCCUCACUGACUGCACGGAGACUUUACUGCGCUUUUCACAAACAUGCGAACUCUAAAGUUCAAAAGCCACCUUCACAAUUGUGUUUAUCGCUGCCGUCAAUCAUAAUUACGAUCACAAGCAACGAACCUUGAAACAGAGAAACACACAAAACGGAUCGAAAUCCACAAAUCACAAACCAUGAGCUUUUGAACCCGUGAAGUAAAGUUUUUUUUCCUAAGAGGUCCGUUAAGAUGAUUGACAGCAGCGAAAAAUGCAAUCGUCGGUUGGCUUCUGAACUUCAGAAUUCGCAUGUUUGUGAAAAGUGCGAUCCUAAUUUGCGGUCCACAGUCUACAAGAAAACGCACUAUUUUUUCCACAAGAUGAAAAAUAUUCAGUUUUAAGAUUUUCCUCAUGGUAUUUUUCUCUAACUUAAAGGAAUAAAAUCCUUUGCAUUUUGAGACCCAAAAAAGUUUAAAGAUUUCUCGCUCGCAUGUUGCGUUCACCAGCACGCACUUCAAACAAUGUAAAUAGAUGAAACGAUCGAUAACAUAUUUUUUACCUGAUACCGAUGCGAGUUAAAAAUUCGCUCCAGUUCUGUUUGUCUCACCCAAGACGAACUUUUCUUCAUGGAAGAUAACUAUGCCGCUUUAUAACUCGUCCGAAGUUUUUGUGCCAGCUAAACAAUAUACAACAACAACAACAACACCAAAAGCUUUAUUUGCAUGACCAUAAAGGAAUUACAGUAUUGCAAAAGCUAUUAAUCUAAAUUACGUACUAAUUCAACUAAUUAGUACGUGCAAAACAUUACAAAACGUGACAGUUCUCAUUCAUUCAUUCAUUGAGAUUAAUUUGGUCCUUAAUUCAAAGCAUUGCGAGAUAAAUGAAACUAAUUGACAGUUAAUUAAAUAAUCAGAAGAAUUCAUAAGAAGAGAUAUUAAAGUAUCGUGUGAAAGUGAUUUGAAGUCAGGUAUUUUAGUUUCUAGUUUCGAGAAAAAUAUGUCUCUGAUCUGAGAAUAAGCCUUACAAUCUAGUAAGAAAUGAUUUUCAUCUUCGAUUUUCUUACUUGUACAAAAGUGACAUAUCCUUUCAUUGCGAGGAAUGUUUUCGUAUCUACCUGUUUCAAUUCUAAGUUGAUGACUACUUAUUCUAAAUCUAACUAAUGUUUUUCUCGAAGGGUUUUUUCUUGUUAAAACUAGGUACGGCGAGGGGCUAUAGUCGUCUUUGAUUGUACAAUAAAAACUGAGUUUUUGUGAUUGUUGAAGUGUCUGAUUCCAGUAAGAGACGUAUUUAUUUUUCAUUAUGCCGAUAUACCUAUUAACUAUUGAGUCACUCAAUGAAUUACAGGAAAAGUCAUAGUUUAGAUCAUAGUAGUCAACCAUUUUCAUGAGAUUAGAGUAAAAGCUAGUUUUUCCGUUAUGAUGAAGGUCAAUUGAAAUUUGUAAGGCCUGUUUAACUAUAGAAUCUUCAUCCUUACCUCUCAGAUAGUCUAAGUAAUUUAGAAUCUUUUUAUUUAUAUCAAUGAUCAUGGGAAAUUUACCGAGUUCAGCUCUACAAGCAAUGUUGGAUGCCUUGUUAUGUACUUGUAAAUAACGUUUACAGAAUUGCAAAUGGGUUUUUUCAAUUGCAGAGCUGUCCCAGGACUUAAAAUCUGAUUUAACAAAAGCACCCCAAACUUCGCUGUUGUAGGUUAGAAUUGGUGAAAUCAUAGAGUCAAAAAUUUUACACGCAAGUGAGGGCUUAAGAUUAUUCAAAUCCGUGUGUCGCCUGAGGCUGAAGAGCGCGUGAAGAGCUUUUUGUCGGAGAUGUUCAAGCGAAAGUGUAAAAUUUCCAGAAGAUGUAAUUCGAGUUCCUAAGUAAGUAUAGUUUUGGACAACGUCGAUUACUUCAUUGCCUAUGCGAAAGUUAUGUUCACAUUUUCGUGUGCAUCGUUGAAAAAUCAUUAUUUUGGUUUUCUUAGGAUUUAUUCUAAGCAUCCAUGAGUUGCAAUAUGAAGAUAGUACGUUAAGGCAGUUUUGUAGACCAAGUUUGGAUCGCGAUAAUAUUAUCAAGUCAUCUGCGUAAAGGAGAGAGUUGAGUCUGGUGCCAUUUGGUAACACGAAGGGGUCUGAUAAAACAUUGUCAAAUGAGAACGCUAGAUCGUUAAGGUAUAAGUUAAAGAGCAGAGGGCUUAAAAUGCAGCCUUGCCGCACUCCUCUUGCGUAUUGAAAAGAUCGCGUUUUGUUAUUUCCAAUCCUGACAGAGCAGGUAGACUUCGAGUAUAGACUCUUAAUUAGACUAUAAAACUUUCCUUGGACAUUGAUCUUAGAUAACUUAUAGAGAAGCCCAUCAUGCCAAACCGAAUCAAAGGCUUUCCUAAAGUCAACAAAACACGCAUAUAUUUUCUCCUUGUGACAAUGGACAUAUUUGUCUAUUAAUGUUCGAAGUGUGAAGAGAUGAUCUGCUGUUCUAUUAUUUGCUAGAAAACCAAUUUGAGACUUGUGAAGUAUAUUAUUUAAGUCAACAUGCUUUAGAAGUCUCUGACUGAGAAUUGAACAAAAUAGUUUUCCAAUACAACUGGAAAUACAAAUUCCACGGUAGUUUGAUGGAUCGCUUUUAGUACCACAUUUAAAAAUUGGUGUAAUGAGGCCAUCACACCACAUUUGGGGCAUAGUUCCUAAGUCGAGGACCGUGUUAAAUAGUUUUAGAUAAACAGGCAUUAAUUCGUUUAGGCUAGAUUUGAUCAUUUCGUUUUUGAUUUUGUCUGAAAAAGAAGAUUUGUUGUUUUUGAGUUUUCCAACUGCAGUGCGAAUUUCACUUUCAGUGAUGAGGUAAUCCAAGGAGCGAGAUCGUGCCGUAAUAUUCUUUGAAUUCUGCAACUCAUCUAUAAUUGCCUCCUGCUGUUCAUUAAGGGGUCCAUUCGAGUGCAAAGAUUGAAAGUGAGACAUCCAUUUUUCUUCAGAAAUUGGAGGGGUGUAGGAAACACUAUUCACAGUGACUCCUUGGAUAUUAAAAAGACUGAACGUGACGCACUAUUAUGCCUUUGUUUACUUCUGAUCACAUCUUCAAGCGAAGAGCGAUUCGUCUCAAUGCACAAUAAUGGACCAUUAUAUUAGUUAAAACCCUAUGGUUCAUUUAUAUUAAUGCUGUUUUGCCCCUCACAUUGACUGUGUUCGUUCGUAUUCAAAACACCUUUACGAAAAUAAAGGUCGUAUAAGUCAUGUGUUAUGUUUCGAGAUAAAUGGAUUAUACGCUUUUUUAAGUUUCCAUUUUGCGGUGACUUCAGUUUACAUCUCCACAAAAUGGUAAAAGAAAUAUUAAGAAACAUCACGAGAGCUGAAAACUUUCAAAGGCAUGUUUCUGAAACUCGCUAAUGCUGACAUCAAUAUAGCGUGCUUGCUGAAUGGGCGAAAACACAGAAUUGUGAUCACAAGAUCAUGUACAAAUUUAAUGAUAAAAGCUUAGCAAGAUACAAAUACAAACAAAAGCAAACCCCCUGAAACCUCGACGUGGGCUACACUUGUAUGCUCUACUCAGUCACCAAACCUUGUCAGUAAUAACUCCUAUUUUCCUCAAGUCGCUCUCUGUGAAGCUCCCGGAUGGGAUGUCCCGGUGAAGCUUUAAACUUGUGUGCGAAAUUCUCAGAGUCCCUAUUUUUGUCCGUGUCUUCUUUAUCCUCAGUAUCCGAAAUUUAGACCUCCAAAGUGGCGUGUGUUGCAUUAAAUAGAAGGAAAUAUUUAAAGGAAAAGCCAGUCUUCUAACAUGGCAAAGUUGUCACGUCCCUCGCUCAUGGACGUGCGUAGAGCCAUCCAUCGGCAACUGAGUUGUUCGCUUCACUGACUACGGAGGCUUACAAUCAAGUCUUCAGCCAUAGUGUCGUCAACUGGUGAAAUACCUUGCUCAUAAAUUGUGCUUCUUAAUUGCUCAUGUACUACAUCGAUCGAUAAUUCUCUCUUUGAGUUCACGAAGCGGCCACGGCGUUCCAAACCUGACGCUCACAGUCAUCUUUUAGUGUGAACCUACCGUGAACGGCGUGUCGGUUUGUAUACCAGUCAUGAAUUACGAAUAGGUUUUCAGUGUAAGGGCUUGUGUAAGGGCCCUUACACCCUUACAGCAGUUUCAGAUUAUAAUGCGAGAUAUAUAUUAAGACGCUUAACUCUUCUUUUAUCAACGUAACAAUGAUCAGAGCAAAAUGGCGUAGCGAGAACCCAAGCUUUUACAAGGCUCUAGGCUGUUGUCAUGACAACAGCUCUUUUUUUUUUUUUUUUGGCAUAAUAAUGCCCUUUUUUUUGAAAUUUGAUUCCGGCAGGCGGUUUUUUAGGCAACAAGGGUGUUUCUGUGAAAUCGUAGAUUGCGUUACGCUCGUUUGUAUUUUUUUUUAAUUUGUUAAUUUUUUACCAUUUUUUUUUUUUUUUUUUUUUUUGACAUAUAUCAUUAUUAUCACAGUUGUCUAACCUCGGAGUUUUUACCAGAUCUAAUCGGAGAGUACAAGGAGUUUUUGCGGAAUUAUUGCAUUCAAUUUUUUCCCUAUUUUUUCGUUUCUUUCUUUAAUACGCUUGGAGAAACUAUGACGUAAGUUCUGCAGUACAUUUUGCGCGAAGGACACAUCCCCCAUAGUGUAAUUUAUUUGCAAGAGCAAAAAACACAUGUAUUUCUGGCGUUAACUGUAUUAUUAUUAUUAUUUUAUUUUUUUUGCUUUGCUUUGCUACCAAAAUGCAAAUCGCUUAGGUUGCCCAUGAGGCACCUAUUAUGUGGCCUACCCGGAAGGGGGGGGGGGGGGCCCCCCAACCCCCCCUAUUUAAUAGUCGCUCCCCUUUUUUGUUUUUUGUUUUUUCUAAAGCGAUUUUGAUAGGCUACAGUUAAAAGGAUAGCUUGCAGCCCUUGCAGCCCUUGCAGCCCUUGCAGCCCUUGCAGCCCUUGCAGCCCUUACAGCCCUUACAGCCCUUACAGCCCUUACAGCCCUUACAGCCCUUACAGCCCUUACACCCUUACAACCCUUACAGCCCUUACAGCCCUUACACCCUUACAACCCUUACAGCCCUUACAGCCCUUACACCCUUACAACCCUUACAGCCCUUACAGCCCUUACAACCCUUACAGCCCUUACAGCCCUUACACCCUUACAACCCUUACAGCCCUUACAGCCCUUACACCCUUACAACCCUUACAGCCCUUACACCCUUACAACCCUUACAGCCCUUACAGCCCUUACACCCUUACAACCCUUACACCCUUACAGCCCUUACAGCCCUUACACCCCUUACAGCCCUUACACCCUUACAACCCUUACAGCCCUUACAGCCCUUACACCCUUACAACCCUUACAGCCCUUACAGCCCUUACACCCUUACAACCCUUACACCCUUACAGCCCUUACAGCCCUUACAGCCCUUACAGCUCUUACAGCCCGUACACCCUUACAGCCCUUACAGCCCGUACAGCCUUACAGCCCUUACAUCCUUACACGUUCAACUCCAGUUAUGGGACUUGAAUUAAUUUAUAAUUGCAUCCCCUGGAUCCAUGUUUCUUCUAGCCUGCAUAGUAUAAAGCAAUCUGGGGACGUACGAGGUGCGAAAAAGAAAGAGGUGCGUUCAGGAGCCCUAUAGUCAUGGGUUGCUAGCGUGUUGGACGAGCAAACUUUUUAAAACUUUCAUGCUAUGCUUGCAAAACUCGAAGAAAGUUAUUUUUAUCGUUCCCUGGUCAAAUUUCUUUCAUAUCCCUCUUUUUAACUCGACAAGGACAAUUUUUGUUUGGGGCACUAAGGCACUAAGUAUAAUGGACUUUACCGUAGACCUAAAACAGCAUUAUUCUGUUAACAUAGCCCCUUCAAAAAACACUAGUAGGUUCCAAAAGAGACAGCUGUGGUAACAAAAACUUAAAGAAAUGACAAACACAACAAGAAACAGAAAGUAAUAUCAAUACUAGCACCUUUAAUAACUUUUCAGUUCAAUUUUUUCCAUUACCAACACUAGCGUCACAGCCGUAAUCUGUAUAUUACAUUCAACAGGAACUCAAGUCCCAAGGUUUAGUACGUUGGGAAUCAAUAGAUAAUUAAAGUUAAUCGCGUUCCUUAGAACGCACCCUCAUCUGGUGUUCCUGCGGUAUAAGGCAGAAAUUUUCGAGCUAUCACCGGCGACUGUCGAUUAGCCGGCCCUAUUAAUUUUAAUUUUUCCUGCGCCCGAGAUACCCCUGAUAACAUUAAUAGGGCCGGCUAAUCUAUGGUCGCCGGCAGGAUAGUUCGAAAAUUUCUGCCUUUGUACCACAGGAAGACCAGACUAGGAUGCGUUCUUUACCAACAAUUUCAAAGCGAGAACAACAAAUGGUGAAAAAUCAACAGCAUUGUAAAUUAUACCUUUUAGUAAACUUGUCAGGCCCAGCAAGGGGAAAGGGGGAGCUGAAAUAGUGAUAUACCCCAAUUAUUUCCUCAUAAGAUACCACUAUACCUCAAGAUUUUAAAACAAAUCUUUCAUACGGACUACCUAAAGGAGCCUGAAAUUGCCUUGAAACCAAACUAUACCUACAAUGAUUUGUAAGGUUACUAAGGGAUAACACACCCUGAUAUAGUGAUUUUUUUUGCCUGGUGCACUAUAUUCGGUCACGCGCGACCUUCUCUCAUUCUCUCCUUUGCUGGCUGCACCCCUGGUGAUCCUCAGUUGUGUAUAUAUAAAACAAUCGCUGUGUCAAUGUACAUUUAUUUAUAUACGAGAAAAAAAAGUCGGAAAACUUGGGUCUUUAUACCAAAUAACAAAAAAUCAGGAAUCCGGAACAAACCGUAAUGUUACAUCAACAAACAGUAUACCUGAAUAAAAUAGGUCUCAAACACCCAAAUACCCUAUAACCCUAGUCAUUUUUAAGUAGACCCUAAAGAAGAAAGGCCGUGCUUUUUCAAAAUAUUGGCACCAUAUAUAGAUAGAUAUUAUAUUCUAGUAAACAGACUUUCUUCUUUCCGUUGUUCAACUAAUUUAUAGCUGAUUAUAUUAGGAUGGAGGCUUUCUAUUUGCCGAAGUUGAUCCUUGCUCCUGGCUGGGCCUGACUCGUGCUGUGUUAAUACAGGGCUCCUGUAUACACAUGUGUAUCCGGUUAACAAUUUCUGCAUCCUGGACACUUAUAUGUUUUAUUUUGUUCUGCCUCGCAUCUACAGUGUACCCACUGGCCACAGUCUACCUGGGUACACUGUUGCCAAUCUACUCCCCCCUGCCCUUUUCUUGCAGAUUGGACACGUCUCCAGGUCUUUUUUUUGGCUAGUUCUGCUGCGGUUAUUUUUUCUUGAACAGACUUCUUGAGGUUCAACAGUUACUUGCAGCAUUUCACAUCCCGCUAAAAAUUGAACAACAAAAGCAUUAGUAAACAUUAUUCGACGGUAUUCAAUUACUAGUGGGUAUAGCUAGAAGGUGUUUUCAGGCAGAAAUGGAGAGUGCAAUAUGCCGCGACAAUCUUGUGGGCUUAUACUGUGACCUAGAGUAAUUGGGGCUGGAAUCUACGCGGACAGUAGUAUUUUCCGGCAAUAGCAGUACGAAAUAGUUUUUGUCAUGCAACCUCACACCGGCGUCUGAUAAUAAGACGAUUGUGUUUCAAUGCCAUGAAAAAAUCAUGUAAACCUUAGAGUAUUAAUCAGUCUUAAACGGAGAGAAAGAACCUAUGCGUCAGAACAGUAAUUGCAUGUGGGAAGCUAAUAACUUCUCUUAUUAUGUACUAUGGCCGCGGGAUAAUUUGUGUUUUACGUAUCUUUCCCUAAACCUAACAUCCGAAAUAACAGUCAUCAGCUGUCCUAACCUUGUACAAUAUCCAAACUUCUUUUACUGGAGCCUUGUUCUGUCAGGAGGUAAAAGACAAUAGAUACCUGUAUUAAAAUCUCAUCAAAGGAAGACAAUUUUCACUCACAAUGGUGCUGUUAAAUAAUAAUAAUAUAAUAACAAUAAUAAUAAUAAUAAGAAGAAGAAGAAGAAGAAGAAGAAUAUGAUGAUGAUGAUGAGGAGGAACAAGAAGAAGAUUUGAAAAUUUUUAACGCUGCUUUUCCAUGUGAACAUUAUCAAAAGUGUAAAAAACGCAUAUCUACACAAUUGGACUAAAUUAGCUCCUUUAAACGUGAUUCUAAAAUGCCUCAUGAGAAAAAGUAAUCUCGAACCCGUCGUUCGCCAGCAAGUUGCCAUCCCAAUCAGUAGCUAAGUUAAAGAAAUCUGCUUGUCGCUCGGCACUUUGUAUAAAAUAUAGAUAUAUUUUUUUCACUUUCAACUUUCUCAACAUUACUUCAGUCUCAUUGCAGCUUAAGGCAUUUCCUUUUUCUUUUUUCGAUCCAAUGUAGUUGUCUUUUGAGGUCCUCGUAUCUUAAAUUCAAUACUCCCCUAGGCACUUAAACAUCUCACCUUUCAAUUUCGUCAGUUCAUUUCUCACUCCAAUGACCUCAUUUUCUCUUUCUCUGAUUUCCUUCUCGAGUAUUCCUUUCUGGCUCUCUUCUCCUUUUAAUCUCUCUUUAAGUAGAGAGUUUUCUUGCUCCAGCCUUUCCAUUUCGUUGUUGAAUUCUGUCCUCAUUGCCUCCAUUUCUUCCUUCAGUUUUUUGUUUUCUCUCAGAAGAUCAUCAUCCCUCUCUGUAUAUAGUACCAGGGUUGAAUCAAACUGUUAAUGCAUUGCACAAAUACUUCGAAAUUACAAGAAAGAAACUGGACUCACCAGAGUUUUCCGCCAUUGUUUCUUUGGUGGUUGGUUUUACGUGUGCAUCUGCUGCUGAGUUUACUGUUGCCCCCGUUGCUGAAAUUUUACAAAUAAUUCAGUUUCUAUUAGCCGGUAAAUAAAUUACAAUACCCUGCAAGAGACUUCUCCUGAGACUUUCUGUGCAAUAGCAACCUCCUUGCUAUGUUAUUCAUACACUAUUCUCUCGCUCUCUUUUUAUUGAGAAUAUCCACGCGCUUACUUUAAAACAUACAUGUUGCGAGGCUUGCCUCACGAUUCCUCAAAGGUUCGUUAUGUGUACGUUACAGUUAAAAGAGUGAGAUGUAUCUCGUAACUGUUACUAGAGUUGUUCAUUUCUUUUCUUUGUUCAGUUACCUUCAUCUAGUACAUCAAGAGUUGACUGCUUAAAGAGCGAUCUUUUUACCAUGACGCAGCUCUUUAAUUUACGUUUAGAGGGAACCUUGGAUGAUGGUGACACAAAUCUUUGUUCUGCACGUUUUAUUCCUAAAACAGAUGAAAGAAGAAAGUAUCUGUCAAUUGUAUGUUUUUUCGGGCCUUAUCGUCACGAUACUGGUAAGGAAGAGGGUAGGUCCUUGAUAAAAAUACCCCUCCAGUUCGUUUGAAAGUUAUGCACCGGCGUUGCUAAAACGAGGGUAAAGGUAACACCAAGGGUGGGGGUGAGGGUAAGGGUGUGUUUAAGGGUAAGGGUGAGGGUGAGUUUAAGGAGACGGUGACUGUAGCGAUGAUCAUGCAGCUACCAUUCAUUCGUUACCCUUACUGGUUUUGUUAAGCACAAAAAAGAAAUUUUCUCAGAGAAAUUGCGUUCUUUUGCAGACAAAGGCUGUAGAAAAAAAAUCUGUCCAAGAGUCGAGGAAGACCGGAAAUCAAUGACUGCAAAUUUGUCUACUAAUCUCCCUCAGGCCCCUGGUCUGACCUCAGAGUUCUCAUAUUAUUCUACUCAUGGAAACUAAUUAGAGAGUAAACCUAUCGUAUGGUAAAUUUCGCGUGGACGUGAAUUUACUUCCAGCAUUUGCCCUCUUUGGCUGGUCUAAUUUCAAGGUUUGGCUAGCUUUCUUUUUCCAAACCUACAUUAGUUUAAGAUACAUCCCUAACAAUAGCCUCUUACACAUAAUUGGCAACUAUUAAUUUUGGAUGGGAAUGUGUAAAGUUGUCUUUGCUGCUAUUGAUGUACUGAAGAGGCAGUGGUAAGUUCUCCGUAUAACCCCACAUAUUUAUUAUGCAUACAUGUUUCAACUCUGUGCAUAUUAAACUAGUUGCAAGAAAAAGCAUGAAAUUGUUGAAAGUAUAAUAAAUGUAUGGGGUAAUACAGAAAUCUGACUGAGGCAGUUCACAGAAGAGUGAAAAAAAUUUACUUACUUGCUUACAUACUGUUUUGAGGUUUGAGAAUAUCAUCUAGCCUCUACAGUUUACCAUAAGCUGCUGCUUAUAAGUCCUGGGCAUAUGCAUCUUCGCAAAGGGUUUUAGAGGGGGUUAUAAACGAAGGGGCUUAUAACCGGAAUAGAAAAAGCACUUUGAAAUAAGCUAUACCUGAGGCUGAUAAAAACACAUUUUGUACUCAGUGGUGUUUUAAUAAGCUUCAAAAUGUCACAAUAAAUCAAAUUCAAUUCAUUACAUUAUUUUGGAACAGACACUAGAGGGGGACUUAUAUCUGGGGAGCUUAUAAUGAGAUGUGUAUUUUGUUUACAGUCUUAUAAGCGUGAUUUGUGGCAUGUUAUUGAACAUCUCACUGCCACUCCUACACUAGCCUCUAAUCUUAUUAAAUGGCAAACUCAAUGAUAACCUCAAUUCCUCUUGUACCGUACACAAGAUCAAAAUUUCAUACAAACGUAAGAGAAAAUAACCGCCG